CUUUACUGUGGCGCGACAACAUGCAUGUUUGCGACCUCGGAGAUCUGGGCACUUUGGGGAAGACUAUUGGACUUUGACAUGUGUACGCCCUUCGUGAUCCCCAUCGCGGAGCUCAACUACAUCCUGAACUUUCGCGGGUUCUACAGCACAACUCCUGUUUUCAAUGUGGAUGAACAGGGAGUUAUGAACACUGGAUAGACAUGAAAAUUCGGAAAAAGUUUGUGCCACAGUAGGCAGAACAUUUUUUGGUGUAGAUGAAACUGAACCGAGCGUGCAAAACACUCUCAGUUCCCUAAAUCAUGAAUGGUUGUUUUUCUACUUCCUUUAAAUACAACCGCUCCUCAACUUAUUUUUCCGUCAAGACCUGCUCCCCAUCUUAAAAGCCAACAUCAUCACUGUCAUCAUCCUCUCUCCUCUCUAAUCCCAUACUCGAGGGCCCUCUCCCGGCAAGUGGCUUGCAUCCGCAGGAUGAGAAUGACGUGGUCGCUGGACAUCAAGCCUUGCCUGAAUCCGUGAGCAAGAUGGAAGACUUGGCAAAAGAACUCGUGGUUACUCACAAGGGCAUUUUGCUGCGUCGUACCUGCUACGUCGCUAGACCCGAUGAUCUAUUGUAGAAGUGUUAAUAGCUGCACUGCGACUUCUUCGACGUAGAAGUACAUGAGGACCAGACGAGGUAGAAGUUGUGGAGCCCAGUGGUCGUGUUGUGGAAGAGUCUGGGUACAGUCAUGAGAUCGAUUGAAGAUACAACUUUGCAAUUUUUGUUCUACUAGGAGAACACAUCUUCAAAAGUUCAAAACUACUCGUCUUGUUGGUGGAGCUGAUGGUGGUGCUUGAGUACGACUACAUGGAUUGGUUGAAGUGUAAUUACAUGCCAUAUGGAUAUGCGUAUCUUGUAAAAAAAAACAAAUUGUACAUAAUCAAAAAUAUGAAUCACUUAUAACUUUCCACCUUGCGAAAUAAUCAACUACACAAACAUUUCCUUCUCUUGAUGUCAUAGAAGCUGUUGCGGGCUGUGCAUAAUCUGUUACAUAUGAAUUGAAAAACAAGCACUUUAUCCACAUGCAAAAUGGAGUUGCGUCUAAGUCAUCGAUUCCACACGAGAAUGCUAGUUUAAGUCCUCAGUUUGCAGUUCGAUUUCAGCAAUUUAAAAGGCUUCGGCUUUGCGCACAAAGAUAUUUGUAUUCGUCCUCCACUUGAUGGUGCUAAAAAUCAUUUCGCUCCUGUUGUGCGAGAGAAGGUUCAACACACCCGAAUGAAGAAGCUCUCAUCUUC